CCGUCAAGAGAAAGACAGGAGGAGGAGGAACAGGUGUGGGUUAAGGGAAGCAAGGCUUUAAAAGGCAGAAUUUGUUAGCUCACAGGUCUCAAUCUAGAUAAAACUGUCUUGGGCACACACCCACAUUAACACCCACGACAACACACAGAUAGGCCUAGACACUUUGGGAAUAUGGCUUCCAGCAACCCUCUGCCCAGUGGCACCAGUGUGUUCACCACUAUUCCAGACAUCUUCUUCAUCCCUGAGUUUAUAUUCGGGGGUCUGGUGUGGACCCUAGUGGCCUCCACAAAGGUGCUGAUUGCGAACCCUCAGGGCUGGGUGAUGUUUGUCUCUGUGUUCUGCUUCAUCUUCACUACACUGUGGUUCCUCAUCUUCAUCAGUGGAGCCAAUAAGAGCAGCAUCUGGCCCACACUGGAUGUUGCGUAUCAUGCCCUUGCAGCCUUCUUCUACCUCAGUGCAGCAGUGGUACAGGCCAAUGUCACCCUUGGUCUACAACAAUUCACCACUGUAUUCUUCAAAGAAUACCAAUUGGACAUUGCUGCAGUGGUGAUGUGUUAUCUGGUGACUCUGCUCUACACUAUCCAUGCCAUCUUUUCUGCGAUGAGAUGGAAGAAUUCCUCAUGAAGACCAGCAUCUACAAGACAACAGACAAUGGGACAAUAGACAUUAGACAAGGCUUUGAUAUGACAUCAAUUGUAAUCUGUACAUAUUACAAUAUUUUUCUAAAUGAUUUUCUUCCUGCAAAUACCAGAAACCAAUCUGGAGUGAAAUGCAUGUACAAUAAUAAAACAAAUAAAAUAAAAAAAUAUAUGUUUUAUAUUUAACCAA